AAAGAGGUGUUUUCACGACGACGACACGGCGAAAUUGUUUUUUUUUUCUCGGUAGGAAAAUUUGCAAAAAAAAUCGAUACGUUCAAGUGUGUGAACCCGUCUGCGAUGUACGCUCGAUCCGGUAGAAACGGCGGUGGCCAAAACGGUGCGAAUCCGGGUGCCCGCGCCGGCAUGGCCGCCGCCAUCACGCCCGUCGUGAAAAACUACCAAACAGUGCGUUCCUCGUCUUCCGACGGAACCGACUGGAACUCGCUGAACCCGAACCUGUACCAGAACAUGUCCAACGAUCAGGUAGAUUGGGCGGCACUGGCCCAGCAGUGGAUCCAGAUGAAGGAAACGCUGCCGCCGGAAAUGGUUCCGGCCGCUCCGCCACCGCCGCCGGUCAUUUCGUGGAAUCAAUCUCCGCCGGCAGCGGCAACGCUGGAGACGAUCGACGAGCAGGGCGAGGCUCCGAUGGAGGUCGAAAAGGAGGAAGAUCCUGGGCAGCAAGCGCAGCAAAGGCCGCAACCCAGCAGCUGGCAAAAUGGAUCAAUCGCUUGGCAAUAUCCGACGGUAACGGCGCCCGAGUGGCGCAGUUCCGCUUGGGAGACCAGCUGGUCCACCGGUGGGAAUCAGGGCGGUAAUAGCGGGUCUGUGCCGCCGCCGGUGGUGAAUCCGCAGGCAUCGGUGGCCGUGGCCAAUUGGCAGGCCAAAAUGUCCCGGAUUUACAAGAUGAACGAUGGAAGUGGGUCAUCGGUCAGCUCGGAACCGAUUGCGGGAACGGUUCAACCUGCGACAGCCAACAGCAAACAGGUCGAGCAAGGGUCAAAGCGCAUUCCGGGGCUGAUGGACCAGGUAAUCAACCUGGACCACGCUGCUGAAGAUGCAGGGCAAGCCGACCAGGACCAGGGUGAGGACACAACGCAGACCAUCAACGAUGCCAAGCGGAAGCUGCUGCCGGCGUGGAUCCGGGAAGGUUUGGAAAAGAUGGAACGCGAAAAGCAGCGUCAGGUUGAGCGGGAACGGGAUCAAAAACAGCGCGAACAGCUGCUCGAACAGCGCCGGCAGGCCGAACUGGAAGCGCUGAGCGAGCUCGAAAGCGCCAAGAAGAAAAGCAAAUUUGAGUCAGAUUCCGAAGAAGAGGAAGCCCCGGAUGAGCAGGAAGGUCCGAGCCGUGAAGCUAGCCCAGUCCCAGCUAGAUCACGGGAGGAAAUUCUCCAGGAACUGAUGAUCUCCGUGCGCAAGAACCUCACGGAAAUCCUGCUCGAGGUCACCAACGAAGAAAUCGCGGUGCUCGCUAAAGAAACUCUUGCCAAAGCGCGCAGAAAAGCACCAACAGCUCAAGCGCUGCGAAAGACCGGUCUCGCGACGCUCACGGGAGGACUUGGUCUCGGCAUGUACGGCGACAGCGACGACGAGGACGAGGACGAUGAGGACGCAAGUGGCUCGGAGAAGCGGCGGGACUCGAGCGACGGCGAAAACGAGGAGGACGACGAGGAGAUUGAAAAGGCGCUGCGGAGCACGAUCAAGCAGCGCCAGAAGGAGUUUGAAUGGACCGCACGCGAAAUCGAGGACCAACUGGCCCAGGAAGAGGCCCGCGAUGAGCGCAAAAGGCGCGAGUACGAACAGCAGCAGCAAACCCAGAAGGACCAGAACAGUGACGACGAGGAUGCGUGGGGGGGCCGGGCCGGCUUUGGUCACGCCGCCUCCGGGACGGCUGAAGGUAGCAGUAGCGUAAGCGGGGGUAAAUCUGGAUCAAGAGACGGUGAGACCCAGCCUGUUAAUGAUAAAAUAUAUGCCCACAAGCUCGGCCGAACGCGCGACAAGCGGAUAUCGAGGUUCAGCGACCCGAAGGACACUGUCCGGCAGACGCACAUAACGCACGUAGCCAUUGUGCCCCACAAACCGGGCGAGAUCGUACCACCGGCAUUGCACCUCCCAAAGUCGAACCAGAUGGCACCAACGGCCACCAUGGUCUCAAGUGGCAUUUCGCCGCCUGUCGUUCUGAACCCUAGCGCGUCCGCCCCGCUCUUUCCUGCGGCCGUUAGCGGCUUGGAGAGCUACAAGCGGGAAAGCAGUGUCGCGUCGGAAGCGCCCUCAACCAGCAGCCGGGCCUCGCACCGGAGUGGCGGCCAUCGGGAAAAAUCUUCCUCGACCUCCUCCCGCCACAGGUCGUCCUCGCACAAGAGUAGCCACAAAAAACAUAAACGCUCCCGGUACAGCCGCAGUGAAGACGAAGACGACGGGAAUGAUUGCUACGUGGCUGACGACGAUCGGUACUCACAGUACUCGUCCUCGCGUCGAUCGCGUAGUUCCGAACGCAGCAGCCAUUCGCGUCGUCAUCGGCGGUCCUACUCGAGGGACUCACGGGACGAUACUCGCGGUGAUGGCGGCAGUAGCCGAAGGUCAAGAUCGCCACGUGACUAUCGCGAUAAUCGGUAUCGAUCCUCGCGAAGAUCGCGAAGCCGCUCUCGGUCACCUCUGUCCAGGCGGGGAAGGUAUUAGAGAGGUAGCUUGCAUUCUUCCAAAAAAAAAAGCAAA